AAGCGACUUCCAGGGCAUAGACGAUCUUCGUUACAAACAUGGCAGCGCGCAUGUGAAUGUCAUGCCAUCCUAAUCUAUAACCCGAAUCAGUUGAUGCUUUGGUUCGAUUAUCGAUACGGCCACGCCGACAUGUCAGUGACAUCUUGCGGAAUUGUGCAUUGACUCACCUCAGACCGCUGGGGACCGGGAAAACUAGAAUUUAUUCGAUUUAUUAGCUGACCGGCUCUCGAUGAUAGCAUUUUAGCUAACCUGGAGUGAAGACAGAAUCACGAUGGAACCUGACCAGCAACAACUGAGAAACCUGCGGGAUUUCCUCCUGGUUUACAACCGCAUGACUGAAAUCUGCUUCCAGCGAUGCACCAGUAACUUCAACUACAGAAACCUCACCAUGGACGAGGAGCGCUGUGUGGACAGCUGUGCGGGGAAACUGAUUCGCUCCAACCACCGGCUGAUGGGCACCUAUGUGCAGCUGAUGCCUCGGAUGAUGCAGCGCCGGAUGGACGAGAUGGAGAGCAAGGCCGCAGAAAACGCGAAGGCAGCGGAGGCAGCUGCAAACGUGGGGCCUCCUGCCACAGAGGCCCCACCAGCAUCUGAAAUCCCCGUCAUCCCACAGAUCUCUCCGCUGUUGACUCCCCCAGUGACUGAUGUGGCACCAGACGCCCUUGGCUCGUUCUCGAAACCAGCAGGAUUUGAUGCCCCAGUCGGGUUGGACGCUGCUGCGUCCAAACCCACACCAGCCUCAGAAGUCACAUUAUCAGCUGCCACAGCACUUACACCUGCGACUGAGGCCAUGAAUCCAUCAGUGCUUAAUGAUGCUGGCAGCGGACCGUCUUUUAGAGCAGGCUUUCCUCCGCCGCCAAUAGCUGGGGCCCAAAUUGAGUUUGACAGCUCAGCUCCUGCUUUCACGCCAUCUAAGCCACCGUCCAUGUCGGCAGAUGUGCCUGCGACAGCAGCAGCUGCACCCACACUUCCUAAAUCCAUAGAGAGCCUGCCAGCGCAAGAGAGAGCUCAAGAACUUCCACCUCCAUCAAGUCAACAAUAAUUCCCAGUCUGGGUCAAGUUACAUACAUGAUUAAUAGAGUGACAUAAAUUAUAAAAAUAUUAUAUGUGAUAUCAUCAUGACCUAAAACCUUUUUCUGGCAACAUCCUCUGGAAUGUGAGUAUUUGCUGGGUUUUGUUUUCAUAUUAGACAUUUCUCAUGUUUUUUUUUUAACUUGUUUUACAAAAUGAGCAACUAGGAGACCUCAGGUGGACACUGAUUUUAAUCAAUUGAAAACAUGAUCUUAAAUUGCAGAUUUAGUGCCAUUUGAUCCCUCCAUAACAAGAACGACAGUUACGUUAACAUGCCCGAAAGUGUCGCAGAACAUGUCAGAAAUAGUUUGAAAAAAAAAAAUAAAUCAUGUGUACAGUUUUACGGGCAAGUGAGGGGAGAAAAAAAGGAAGGAAGCUCUUAUAAAGGUGUAUAUCUGUGUACGUGAGUGUGAUGGUAAUGAUAUUGCCAGUCAAGCUUCAAAUGAUCAGCCCUAUGCAUACAGGGAGCUCAGUUCAGACUUUCAGGAGGUAGGAGAGUUUAAUCUGAUGAUCUUCUGACCUGAUGAUGACUGUUUUGUAAAAUAAAUCCAGAAACGGAUAAUUUUCAGUAAUAAAGAUUGAGAGUAUCCAUGA